AAAUAGGAGAAGGACUGAACGGGUAAUUUGAAAAAGUAAUAAAAUUUCAGGCUCCCAGAGGAAUAGAUUUUGAGAUGCCGGGGUCACAGGCGCAAUAGUUAAUAAUGUUCUUGUCCCAAUGACAUAAAGUGACCCACGGCAUGAGCGCACCCACCCAUUUAAUGUUUUUAUUUAUAUAUAUAGUUAGUUAUGGGAAAAUUAGAAGGAAGGUGGGGGUGGGUGAGUGGGUGAGUAGCACCUUUGAAUAUGUUCCUGCCCUAAUUCUACGGUGGGGAUAUAUAUAUAUACUGUGACCCACUACUGAGAGUUUGUUCCUUCUUUAUUUCCUCUGUCACUUGCUCAGCAUCCUGGCGCAGCUCACAGGUCCGUAAUGCACCUUUAAUUGCAGCAGCAUGUCCGUCCCGGGUGUUGCACUUCUGCUGCUGCGUCUGUUCAUCAUAACAGGAUCCUGUGAAGCCCUCAAUAUUUCUGCCUCUCAGCCACAUGUGCGAGGGACCAGGAACAACUCCCUUCUGCUCUCCACAACCUACAAUUUUCCCCCAGAGACCAACUGGAUCCAAAUCAAAUGGGAGCUCCUGGAACCCAAAACGGAACUGGUCAGAUGCUCCAUACACAAACCAAACUCUGCCAGUGAGGAAGAAAGCCUGAGAAUCAAAACGUUCCCACCUGAAGGAUUCGAGGGGCGCAUGCAAAUCAUCCCAGAAAAUGGUUCUUUGGUUAUUCGUCACCUGACACAGAGUGAUAAUGGCGUCUAUCAAGUGACACUACGAGAUUCAAAGAUUGUUGUAUCCACAACCAUCAACGUCACGGUGGAAGAUCCUGUGAAGUCAACAAGCUCUGUGUUGGAACAUGCUCCAGUCAUUCCUAAUAACACAGAAACUAGGAUGGAAAACCAAAUGGCACCAUAUUGCUUCUGCACAAGCAACUCCAGCAGCAUAAGUAUGCCCACCUCCGCUGGCAUUGUCCUCGGCAGCCGAAUAUUCACAAUACUCUUUACAUUAGCCGUCUUCUUUGGCCUUGGCUCGGACAAGAAGCCGCCCAGGAGAUAUAUAAGGAAGUAUUAUGGGCCCCGUGGCAUUCAGUGA